CGCGGCCGCAGAGUCUUCCCCGCCCCUCUCACAGCCGCCACAGCUGCUGCUGCUGCCGCUGCUGCACUGCUGGCGGGUGCCCGCGCCUCAGAGUUACUGAUUUAUUCUUGAGAAUCCUCUACUCUCAUCUAUCCUCAUGGAUGAACUUCAGGAUGUUCAACUCACAGAGAUCAAACCACUUCUAAAUGAUAAGACUGGUACACGAAACUUCCAGGACUUUGACUGUCAGGAACAUGACAUAGAAACAACUCACGGUGUGGUCCAUGUCACCAUCAGAGGCCUACCAAAAGGAAACAGACCAGUUAUUCUGACAUACCAUGACAUUGGCCUCAAUCAUAAAUCCUGUUUCAAUGCAUUCUUUAACUUUGAAGAUAUGCAAGAGAUCACCCAGCACUUUGCUGUCUGUCAUGUGGAUGCCCCAGGCCAGCAGGAGGGUGCACCCUCUUUCCCAACAGGGUACCAGUACCCCACAAUGGAUGAGUUGGCUGAAAUGCUGCCUCCUGUUCUUACCCACUUACGGGGCUAUGCUGGUGAGCAAACGGAAUUAGUCACUGUCCUUGUGGAGCUUACAUCUUAG